UUCAUACUUCCUCCCUUCACUUCAUUCAAUUUUUUUAACCAGUUUGUUUUGUUCAUGUUCGUGGGAUGCAGAGUGAUCAACAUCACGUGUUAAAUUUGUGAUCGAACUGUCUUGGCGCCAAAUUUCUAAGGAGAAUAGACUCAGCGCUUAGAAACCAGGUAUGGCAAGCACCUGUGAGCUGCCUCGCAGUGAAAAUAUCCCUGUGGACUGCGAUGUGCCCAUGAAUGCUGGAGAUACCUCAAACACUAGCGAUACCAGCACCAGUGAUACAAGUUCGGGUACCACACUGACUGCAGCUCAACGGGCGCGUAUUGAGCGCCAGCGGCAGAAGGCACGCGCUUUGCACGACGCGCGACUUAUUAAACUUCAUCCUGCCGUAAUAGAAGCGGUAUCUUCUUCAGUAGCUGGCACCCGCGCUCGCGACACAGGCGGCGGCUUCCUUCUAGAAGAAGAUGAGCCUGAGACCAAGAUCAAAAAGGUCCAGGCUCCAGCACCAGUGGUCCAUGAGAGCGAGCAGCCACACUGUUUGGAGUGUGACAAACCGUUCCCCAUGUCGUACCUGUUUGACACAUUCGACUACAGUGUGUGUGAUGAGUGCAAGAAUGAUGAGACCCACUCGCUGAUAACCCGCACGGAGGCCAAGACGGAGUUCCUGCUGAAAGACUGCGACCUGGACAAGCGGCCGCCGCCGCUGCGCUGCAUACGUCGUCGCAACCCGCACAAGGCCCACUACAGCGAUAUGCGGCUCUAUUUGCGGGCUCAGGUGGAAGCACGUGCGCUCGAAGUCUGGGGCAGCGAGGAAGCCCUGGAGGCCGAGCACGAAGCGCGCGCAAGGCGCCGAGAAAAAGCCCAAGAAACCAGCACAAAGCGAAAACUGCGCGAACUGCGCAUGGCGGCGCGCUCCUCGCUCUUCGAAGGUCGGAAGGCCUUACAUGGACACACGCACGAGUGGGGGGAGGAGACGUAUGACGAAGAUAGCGAUAGUUACAGCAGAGUGUGUAAGACGUGCGGACAUACUGAGACUUAUGAGAAGAUGUAGGUUUUAAUAGUUGUAGUGUCUUAGGUGAUCUGUCAUUGGAUGCAGGUCUGAUCGUUAUAUACGUCAACGCUGUGUCUUGUUCACACACUGGACCGGCGUGCGAAUCCACUUCUGUAUGAUAACCACGUUACAUCAAAAUUGUGAAUUUGGUAUUGGAAUCUCUAUAUCUAAAGCGCCAAUUACAUCCACACUUCCCGAUAUCGGGACUGAUUUGUGAUAAUCGUUUUCCGUUUCGGAAUAUCAGCACAUCGUUAACAAUGUUUAAAAUGUAAAAUAUACUUUGUCUCUUAUUGCCAAAAAUGUUCAAUGUUUGAUAUUUUUGCAUAUGAACCAUUUUUUACAUUCCAAAUAUUGUAAACGAUGUGCUGAUAUUUGGUGAGUCGGAAAAAUACUCUUGCUCGGGCCCGAAAUUGGGUCUGAUAUCAGGCCUGAUAGUGUGGAUGUAAUCGAAAACUCAGUGGAUUAGUACUAAACAUCGAAAUGAGUAUUGUACGGCAUUUGGUCUGUUAAAAACUACUCUAUCAAGUUUCAUCUUGCUAGAUAUUGACUUCAUAAAUUCAUAAUAAAAAGCAGCUAGGUUGUGUUAAAUUAAUAAUUCGAAUUUAAAGAUCUAAGUAUACAAGAUAUUAACACAUUAAUGUAUUUUAAUCAAUUUUAAAUCUAAAAUGCGUACAAUUACUGCCAUUGUUGUAACAUUAAUAAUAAUUUAGGAAUAUUAUUUUAUUUUAUGAAAACUGCCUAAUUUUACCAGUUACCUGAAUACAUAUAAAUCAUGAAUCUGUCUACUUACCUUCAAUGUUUCUACCUCGUAUUUAUAAGAAUAAAGUAUAAUUCAUUCGAACCUUGUAUUUCUAUUUACACCAAUUUUAAAGUUGCCCAAUCGCCAAGUGAAAUGCAACCUCAAGUAGAAGCAUAAAAGUUGCUAUUAGAUUAUUCUCGCUGGCGGGAUAUUUAGAAGUGAAAUAUGGGCAACAUUUGAUUGAUGUGUUUAUAUUUAAAAUCCUAACUAAAUACGAUUAGUUGUUUGGAACUUAAACGAAAUAAAAAAUGUUUAAACUGA